AUGUCUUCUGAACAAAAAUAUCCUGGUUACGAAGCACUUUCGUUAUAUUUGGAGAAACAGAAUCAUAAAAAAUCUUUUUGGGGUUUUCUACAACAACAUCGAAAUGCGCUUGUUGACGCUGUUGUUGCCACUACUCCAGCUGCUUCCUGCUGGCGUGACCUUGACAAGUCCUGGUGUGAUCACUUUUUAGCAGAAGCAGAAGAGCUAUUAAAUCCAAGUGACUUUAAUAACUUGGAAAAGCAGGUCAAUUUGGAACGAACACGCCGUAAUGAUAAAUUGGAAAAAUAUUGGAGUGAUAUGAUUUAUGAGUGUGAAUUAAGACGCGAAAUUUCAGAGCUUGAAAAGGGGAAAGAACGUCUUCUUAAGAACCUUCGGGAAAUAAAAGAAAAAUACAAAUGA